AUGGGCAUUUUUAAACCAAAGGCUUGGUUAUCCGUUGUCACUGACUUGGACAAAACAGAACCAAGAUCGUAUAAAGAAACACUUCUUCAUCCAAGAUGGAAGCAAGCUAUGCUUGAGGGACAUGAGGCGCUCAUACAAAAUAAUACAUGGCCCCUCACACCUCUGCCCCAGGAUCACAAGGUAAUUGGCAGUAAGUGGGUGUUCAGACUCAAACAGACUCCAUCAGGUGAGAUUGCUCGUUUCAAGGCCCGCUUGGUCGCUCAAGGCUUCAGCCAAGAUUAUGGCAUUGAUUACUUUGAAACUUCUAGUCCAAUGGUCAAGCUUAUUACCAUCCGGCUUGUGUUCCAUUACUUUAUCUCACAAUUGGGCCAUUUGAUAACUUGA